CCGGCUCGGGAGCGCCGGAGUUGCCCGCCUUCCUCGGCUCUUCCUCUCUCUUUUGGGGAGGGGUCUUCCAGGUUUGGGAUGGGGACCUCCACGGGACAUUACGAAUUCUAUGUUGGCGUGGCCUUGGCUAUAACCUCCAGCCUAUUUAUUGGAAGUAGUUUUAUCCUCAAGAAGAAAGGACUUCUACGGCUGAGUAGCAGAGGGGCCGUCAGAGCAGGCCUGGGAGGUCAUGCAUAUCUCAGAGAGUGGCUAUGGUGGGGAGGACUAAUAUCCAUGGGAAUUGGAGAAGCUGCAAAUUUUGCUGCCUAUGCUUUUGCCCCAGCCACGCUGGUUACUCCUCUGGGAGCCCUUAGUGUUUUAGUCAGUGCGGUUUUAGCCUCCUAUUUUCUGAACGAGCAGCUGAACAUCCAUGGAAAGAUCGGGUGCCUCCUUUGCAUUUUGGGAUCUACCGUGAUAGUGAUCCAUGCUCCUCAAGAGGAAACGGUGGCCAGUCUGGACUCAAUGUUGGAGAAACUGAAGGAUCCAGGAUUUAUCGUGUUCGCCACCUGCAUGGUGACGAGCUCGGUUCUCCUCAUCUUUGUGGCUGGACCUCGCUACGGGCAGAGGAACGUCUUGGUGUACAUCCUGAUCUGCUCGUCCAUUGGCUCGCUCUCCGUCGCUUGCGUCAAAGGCUUGGGCAUUGCCCUGAAAGAGCUGUUCGCUGGGAAGGCCGCCUGGAAAGAACCGCUGGGCUGGAUGCUUUUCAUUAGUUUGGUGGUCUGUGUCAGCAUCCAGAUCAACUACCUCAACAAAGCCUUGGACAUCUUCAACACGUCUGUGGUCACCCCCAUCUAUUAUGUCCUCUUCACCACAGCCGUUAUGACCUGCUCUGCGAUUCUGUUCAAAGAGUGGCAGCAUCUGGUCCUCAUGAACAUUGUCGGGACCAUCAGUGGCUUCCUUACCAUCGUCCUGGGCAUCUUCCUUCUCCACGCUUUCAGAGACAUGCCUUUCACCGUGGACCUGCUGCCUCUCUUCCUGAGGCGCAAGCAGAAAGAUCUCCCUGCGGCUUCACGGAGAGAGGGAGACAAAGAAGGGUCAUAUCUUCACCAGCCUCUUCUGGAUCCAGAGGACUUAGAGAAAGGAAGGACAGAGAAACCGGAGGGGCAAGACACAGUUUAUGAAAGCUAAGGUUGAUUUAAAACCAUUAGGCCUCUUUUGAAAGUUUCUAAAGCUCUUAUUACUUUUCACCAAAGAACUUUUUCCAGGCAGUGCGGAAUUAUUUGGGGGCCGUUUUCUUAAAAAAAUAGUGUUUUUACUGGGAGCAUACAUGAAUCCACUGGAGCGCUGUCAGAUUCAAGCUGAUAAUCAAGCAGUGCCUCCGAGGUUGGGUGUAGUUUCUUCUUUCCAACUUCCAGAAAAGGGCAAGCUUUGCGUUCUUGGAUGGAACUUGGGAGCAUAUUGAUAAGCCUCGAGACCUCACGAUAGGUAUGUUGAAAGCAUACAUAUCAAAAGUGGUUGGGUGAUGUGGUAUGGGUGGGGUGUAUUGUUUUGUUUUUUUUAAAUAGGAAUAUCUCCAUGAGUCCAAGAAAGGGCAAGCCAUCUUGUCACAUCCUGGGAAUGGAAGAAGAGAGAUGAUGGAUAGGAGCAAGAGGCUGAUCUCAGGAUAGAGAGGAACAUGGAAAAGGCAAAAGAUUUUUUUUUCCUCCUUCUGAGUGACAGGCAUGAACUGGAAGAACGCAGAGGAAAAGAAAAUGGAAUGGCUGUUGACCUUGAAGGCAGAGUAACCGUAAAAGAUGCAAUUUAGGUCAAUUAAUAGGAGCAGAUGAUCCAGCUCAGGUGGAAAAACAAGCAACAGGCCAAUUGAAAUGCGUUCACAAACUUUUUUUUAACCCUGAAAAUGCAGGUUGUUUUUAUGGGAGCAGCUGCUCUCUGGGUCCACUACAGUAUUCUGCUGCUUUUUGAAUGUACAAAGCCAUUUAGGCUUUGCCUUCUGCUUUACAAAUUAUUUAAAAUAAGUAUUUUCUUUAUACGACUAUGAAGUAAUUUGCAAAAUAGGUUGCAAAUGUAAAAGGUGACUUUUAAAAGCAUUAAAGAAUA